UUUGUGGAGACAUCCACGGCCAGUUCUUUGACUUGAUGAAACUGUUUGAAGUGGGAGGUUCUCCUGCCAACACGCGAUAUCUCUUCCUGGGGGACUACGUGGACAGAGGGUACUUCAGCAUUGAAUGUGUGCUGUACUUGUGGGCCUUGAAAAUCCUUUACCCCAGAACACUCUUUUUACUUCGUGGGAAUCAUGAAUGUAGACAUUUAACAGAGUAUUUCACAUUUAAGCAAGAAUGUAAAAUCAAAUAUUCAGAACGUGUGUAUGAUGCCUGCAUGGAUGCCUUCGACUGCCUUCCCUUGGCUGCUCUGAUGAACCAACAAUUCCUGUGCGUACACGGUGGCUUGUCUCCAGAGAUCAACACCUUAGAUGACAUCAGAAAAUUAGAUCGAUUCAAGGAACCACCUGCAUACGGACCUAUGUGUGACAUCCUGUGGUCAGACCCGCUGGAGGACUUUGGGAACGAGAAGACUCAGGAACACUUUACUCACAACACAGUCAGGGGCUGCUCGUACUUCUACAGUUACCCUGCUGUAUGUGAAUUCCUACAGCACAAUAACUUGUUAUCUAUACUCCGAGCUCACGAAGCCCAGGAUGCUGGGUACCGUAUGUACAGGAAAAGCCAAACAACAGGCUUCCCUUCACUAAUCACAAUUUUUUCUGCACCAAAUUAUCUAGAUGUAUACAAUAACAAAGCUGCAGUAUUGAAAUAUGAGAACAACGUUAUGAAUAUCAGACAGUUCAACUGCUCUCCUCAUCCGUACUGGCUUCCAAACUUUAUGGACGUGUUCACCUGGUCCUUGCCGUUCGUGGGUGAGAAAGUGACAGAGAUGCUGGUAAAUGUGCUGAACAUCUGCUCAGAUGAUGAAUUGGGGACAGAGGAAGACGGGUUUGAUG